GUUUGAUCUGGGCAAUGAUGAUUCAGUGAGUCAGUCAAGUGACAAGUAAUUUUAUAUAUUUAGAUAAAUUAUAUCCUGUAUAUUUCUUGCAAAACUACGAAUCAAUAUUUUAUAAUUUUUACUAGAAACGAAACUGAUUGGUCCAUCCUCUUGUUUACAUUUAAAUUGCAAAAUAUUUAUUUUAUGUUCUUUUAUACAGGACAAAUUUCCUUAUUAAUUAUUUAGUUUGUAUAUAACUGUAUUAAGGUCUAUCGAUUUAAUAAAUUCGUUUAAAUCUUUGAAAUUUGAAUACAGAAAACUGUUUAACAUACAAAAUAUUCUAGUAAAGAAUUAAAUUAUUAUGAAAUUAAAGGCCUUUAGCGAAUAUUUAUCCAAGAAAUUUAAAUACUUGGGUAGGUAUGUGGCUACAAACCCGAGUUAUUUCAUCGUAGUUCCUGUAUUUGUGUCAGUUAUAUUAUUUACUGGAUUUCAAAAAUUUCAUGAAGAAAAUGAUUUGAAACACUUAAUUGGACCUACUAAUGGUAGGUUCAUCAACCAAGAAGCUGUCAUAGAAAGAUUAUUCCCUAUGGAUUUGUCAUACAAUGCAAGUCUACAAGGAAUGAAUAGGGAAGGGUGUAUAGCAAUUGUUAUAAUUACAGCAAAGGACGAAGGAUCCGUGCUUCGAAAGGAUCUGUUUGAAGAAGUGUUACAAUUAAACACGAUCAUUCAGAAUAUCACCUUGGAAGAUUUCGAAAAGCUAAGAUAUAAGGACAUAUGUGCGAAAAACAAUGGAAGAUGCUUUGAGAACAGCAUUCUUCUUCUCGAAGACAAAAUUAAAGAAAUGGAAGGGGGUGUCGAAGUUGAUGAUGACGAUAAUGUAAAGACUGCGAAAUCCGUAAGAUUAUUUUAUUAUUUAAACGAUGGUUCAACUUACAAGAAAUUCAUCGCGAAAAAAUGGCUGAAUUUAUUUCUAGAUACGUUGGCCGAGAUGGACUUUCAGAACAUAAACAUAAAUAGAUACACUUCGUUAACAAUCGAAAAAGAAUUGAAUGGUCUUGCAGUAAAAAUAAUUCCUAGACUUUCCGUAGCAAUUGUGGUGAUUCUUGUAUUUUCUGUGAUAACGUGUUUAUUUAAUAAUUGGAUCGAAAGCAAACCUUGGAUGGGAUUAAUAGCAUUGUUGUCGAGUGGUAUGGCUUUGGCCUCGUCUUUCGGUGUCGUCAUGUAUUUUAAUCAACCAUUUGCUGCAUCUACUGGAUCUAUACCUUUCUUAAUUUUAGGUAUAGGUAUGGAUGAUGCAUUUGUAUUUUUAGCUGCUUGGAAGAGAACAGACUCGACAAUGAGCGUGGUAAACAGAAUGGAGAAAGUUUAUUCUGAAUCUGCCAUUUCUGUUACUAUAACUUCAGUCACUAAUUUUAUAGCAUUUGUGUCUGGGCUUGUCACUUCGUAUAGAAUAGUAAAAAAUUUCUGUAUGUACGCAUCGCUGGCUGUAGUUUUCUGCUACGUUUAUCAACUGACGUUUGUUGGAGCGUGUAUGGCCCUUACGGGAUAUUUGGAAAAACAAAAUAGGCAUUCUCUAUUUUUAAUAAAAUUGGAUAAGCCAAAUGAAAACCAGACUUGGAUUCGAAGAUUUUUCUGCACUAAUUGGAGUUGGAAAUCUGAAAAUGGAAGAAAGAAUUCCAUUUCUUCAAUAUGGAUUCAUCUUGGAAACAUUUUAUCAAUUUGUUAUGUCAAAAUCAUCGUCGUUUUAAUAAUGUUUGGUCAAAUUUCAGUAGGAAUUUGGGGAAUUACGAAAACUCAGAACGUCGGAAAUUUUGCCGAGUGUGUUACUUACGAUUCAUAUUUUGUAAAAUACCACAAGAAUUAUUACGAGUAUUUCAAUCGGUAUAAUCUCAGAUAUCAAAUUAUUAUAGACGAAGAAAUCGAUUAUGCAAAUAAAAAUAUUCAGGAACAAAUAGAAAAACUUGUAACGGAUAUGCAAAAUGAAGAUUUAAUCGAGGAUUCUUUAACAGAAUCGUGGCUCAGAUCCUAUUUAGAAUUUCUCAAUAACAAAAAUGUUUCUAACAUCAUAAGACUAUUUAAUAUAAAUGAUAAAGAAGAUUUUAUAACUGUUUUGCGUAAGCUGUUCCUUCGUCAUCCUGCUACUCGGCACUUUACAAACGACAUAGUUUUCAAUUCUAAUUACACGUCUAUAAUUGGAAGUAGAUUUUUCUGUCAAUCUAAAAUCAUUAACUCCCAUAAAGAAUUUGUUAACGUCAUGAAAUCUAUGAGAAAUAUCGCAGAUAAUUCACCCUUUAAUGUCUUCCCUUAUCAUUUUCUUUCCUAUACUGUCGAUGAUUCGGAGCAGCAUGUCAGCUUUAUUACACAAAUAUUAAGUAGUAUCGUAGUUAUAGUUAUUAUUGUUUGUUUUAUUUUUAUUCCGGAUGGAAUAAUUAUUUUCUCUGUUGCCUUCUCAAUAAUUUCCACUGAAACUUGUGCCUUAGGUUUCAUGGCUUUGUGGAAUGUCCGCUUAACUCCCGUUUCUAUCAUUAUUUUAGUUAUGUGUGCAGGAUUUUGUGCAGAUUUCUCGGCUCAUUUUGCUCACUGUUAUGUAGAAAAUGACAGCGAAGACCAUAACAAACGUCUUCGUAACACUAUCUGUUCCAUAGGAUUAGCCAUAUUCCAAGGAAGCGUAACAACAAUUUUCUCGAUAAUACCCUUAGCAUUUCCUUUAGCUUCUACAUUUCUUACCGCAUUUAAAGUAAUAUUUUUAGUUACUUCAUUUUCUGCACUAAAUGCUUUGGUAUAUUUACCCGUUUUGUUAGUAAUCAUGAACACUAUGAAGCAAAAACUAUGUAGGAACAAGAAAACCGACAUUAAUAACAAUACAAGUAAAAGUGUUAAUGGAAAUAUAAAUCCCGGUUAUCAAUUUACCGAAACUUCAAUACGUUUGUAA